CGCCGCGCGCGUCCCCUCGCCGUCGCUGCCGCAGCCAGGCGCACGGCACCAGGCCACCGCCGCCGCCGCCGCCGCCGCCGCCGCCACCGCCGGCGCACGGACGCAGAGCGCACGGGCCGGCCGGGAUGCGCGCCUGGGCCCCGGCCCGCCCGAACCCGCGGCCGCCGCCCGCCCGCCGCGCGCUCGCCUGACCGCGGCGCCCGCCCCGGCCACCCCGCCCGUCCCCGGCCGCCCCCCGGCCGCGAUGUCCGCCCCCCAGGGCCCCGGCGGCCCGCGCCCCUGCUAGGUUGCGGCGGCAUGGCCCGCGCGCCCGGCGCGACCUCUGCGGAUUGCAUCGGUGUGCGGCGGCGGGGCAUGCCCAGGGCACCGGGCACGGCCUUCAAUGGGCGAGGACACGGACACGCGGAAAAUUAACCACAGCUUCCUGCGGGACCACAGCUAUGUGACUGAAGCUGAUGUCAUCUCCACCGUCGAGUUCAACCACACUGGAGAGCUGCUGGCCACAGGCGACAGGGGAGGCCGGGUGGUCAUCUUCCAGAGGGAGCCAGAGAGUAAGAAUGCGCCUCACGGCCAGGGUGAGUACGACGUCUACAGUACCUUCCAGAGCCACGAGCCGGAGUUCGACUAUCUCAAGAGCCUGGAGAUAGAGGAAAAAAUUAACAAGAUCAAAUGGCUCCCGCAGCAGAAUGCCGCACACUCGCUCCUGUCCACCAACGAUAAAACUAUAAAAUUAUGGAAGAUUACAGAACGAGAUAAGAGGCCCGAGGGCUACAACCUGAAGGACGAGGAAGGGAAGCUGAAAGACCUGUCCACGGUGACGUCCCUGCAGGUACCUGUGCUGAAGCCCAUGGACCUGAUGGUGGAGGUGAGUCCACGGAGGAUCUUUGCCAAUGGCCACACCUAUCACAUCAACUCCAUCUCUGUCAACAGUGACUGCGAGACAUACAUGUCAGCCGAUGACCUGCGUAUCAACCUCUGGCACCUGGCCAUCACCGACAGGAGCUUCAACAUCGUGGACAUAAAGCCAGCCAACAUGGAGGACCUCACAGAGGUGAUCACGGCUUCCGAGUUCCACCCCCACCACUGCAACCUCUUCGUCUACAGCAGCAGCAAGGGCUCGCUGCGGCUCUGUGACAUGCGGGCGGCCGCCCUGUGCGACAAGCACUCUAAGCUCUUUGAAGAGCCCGAGGACCCCAGCAACCGCUCCUUCUUCUCAGAAAUCAUCUCAUCUGUGUCUGACGUGAAAUUCAGCCACAGCGGCCGGUACAUGCUGACACGGGAUUACCUCACCGUCAAGGUUUGGGACCUGAACAUGGAAGCAAGGCCCAUAGAGACCUACCAGGUCCACGACUACCUUCGGAGCAAGCUCUGCUCCCUGUACGAGAGCGACUGCAUCUUUGACAAGUUCGAGUGUGCCUGGAAUGGCAGCGACAGCGUCAUCAUGACAGGGGCCUACAACAACUUUUUUCGUAUGUUCGACCGGAACACCAAGCGGGAUGUGACCCUGGAGGCCUCGAGGGAGAGCAGCAAGCCCAGGGCUGUGCUGAAGCCGAGGCGUGUGUGUGUAGGCGGCAAGCGACGGCGGGACGACAUCAGUGUGGACAGCUUGGACUUCACCAAGAAGAUCCUGCACACGGCCUGGCACCCAGCUGAGAACAUCAUUGCCAUCGCAGCCACCAACAACCUCUACAUCUUCCAGGACAAGGUCAAUUCCGACAUGCACUAGUGGACAGAAGCUGCCUCUCGCAGCCAGCCUCUUGAAGGUCACCCCUGACCUGACCUUCACAGUCCCAACACGGGAGGGGAGGACAACCACAGAGGUGCCAUGGUGGGACACGGGUUACUUGGACCCUGUCCCCCCCACCAGCUUUCCCUAGCCUGGUGUCACCUUUUGAUGGUGAUGGCCUGUGUUUUAAAAAGGGACUGGAAGGAUCCACUAGCCACAGGUCAUAAAAGAGACUUAUGACUGGCGGGUCUCAGUUCAGGGUUCUUUCAUUCACGCAGCUCCCCGUCUCAGUCUGCGCUCUUUCCAACAUUGUUAUGACUUCCUACAGGUCAGGGUUAAUUUUUCCUCCUGAGGGUCCUUUUGCAGAAAACUGAGUGGUCCCCAGCAUACUCUGGGGACCCACCUGAAGCUGAAACGAGCUGCAGGGUUCUUGACUGUAAAAGGCAAGAUGCCCUGGCUCAGAGCUGCCAGGCCACCUGGGGUUUUGGACCGUGAGCACUGAGCAUUGACUGAUACCAGUCCCUGGCCUGGGUGUGCAGAGUGACUUUCUGUGUCCCAGGUCCCAGGCUGGCGCAGCUUCCCGAGCAGAAGGGGUGGGGAUCUCUUGUGUGUCCGGAUUCCUCAUCUCACUGUCCACCGUUAUUGAGCAGCUUUUCCACGCUGGGUUUGGUGCUUGGCCUGGAGGGGCAUCAAAUGGCUCCCAGCAGCCUGUUCUGCAGUAGCUUUGCCAACGUCCUUCCAUGCUCCUUGGUCAUCCUCCAUAACCCACACUGAACUUCGUGACCCCCCCCAACCCCAAGCUGGGUGUUCCUUCAUUUCCUCCAUGAACACUGACUGCCUGCAGAGUGCCAGGCUCUGCUCUGGAACCAGAGAUAAAAAGUGAAUAAUUAUCUUCCCCUUUGUACGCUUGGGGGAAACUGAGGCUCUGAGCAGAGAAACAGGUUGCCCAAGGAGGGCUCCUCCAAAUGGUAGGCCAGGGGUCCCGUCCAGGUCUCCACACUGGCUCUCUCCAGCCCACCACGUUGGUGGUUCAUAUUAAGCAACAUUCCAGUGGAAGGUUCUGGAAGGGAAACAUCUCUCAGUCUUGUGAAGCAGGUAUGUUGAUAACAUGGUAACACUGGAGGGAAGAUGGAGAGAACCCUCCGUGACUCCUACUCAGCGUGGUGACACCAGGGUGCCUCCUGGCAUUCCACCCUUCACCCCACAUUUCCUGCCCGCUGAACUCCUGAGACCGCAUCUGGCACCCGUUUUCUGGUGUUUUCUUUGAGGACCACACACAGCCCCAGAAGACACUUAUUUGGGAUCCCCCCACUGUUCCUCCACAGUGACCCCACCUGUGUCAUUCUUGCUUGUGGAACUGGCAUUUUGAUUCUGAAAGCAGAGUGCAGACGGGGGGCCCGGUGGAAGCCAAGGUCAUUCAUUCAUUUCUUUUUUUUACAACAUGGACCAUCACCCAGGAAACAGAGCCACCUGAGAUUUUCCUCAGUGGAUUUCCGUGUACUUUUGUGUGUGUAAAAGCACAAAACGCAUGUGCCCUCACUUCCAGCCAUAUGAUAUUUACACAACAAUGGGCCAUUAGGUUUUUUUUUUUAAUCAACAUGAAUGAAGAAUGUUUGUUUAUAUAUUACUGUAAAAUCCAGGUGACCUGGACAGUAUUAUAUGUACAUAUCUACCCUAAUUAAAUUUAACAAUCAAAGGAUCAGAUGACUUACCCCCGUGUAAAGAGGUUCGAGAAUGUGGUAAAUUGUAUAGAAAUCUUGUCGAAGCCAAAAUCCAGGUCUGAGGGCCUUACACAACUGCUUGGGUAUUUGGCAUAUCCCAUCUCCCUUUGUGACUCAGAUGUUAAGACAGGAAACUUGCCUUUGAAGCUAGAAGCUCCUGUCAAAUCAUAGGUUUGACAUUUCCCAUAUUCAAGGUUCAAGUCUUACAGGGUCUUCAAAACGGCAGGGGGAAGGGGAGGCUUACUCACCGUUGCUAGUUCCUUACUUCUGUUUUAAACUUUGGGUAUCAAGCCAGAAAGGAAGACGGAAAAAGAUCCUCCCAGAAGAAAAGUGUGUCUUUGGAUCCCUGGAAAAUAACCAUGGCCAAAGCAGACUGUGAAUAAUAAAAUGUGUGUGGAGAAAAAGAUGGGGGGAGGGGCAGAGCUAGACAUGGUGGGAGGACCAGAGCCAUCGUCACCAACUUGGCAUCUUUACUCUGCUUAAACUCUCUGGUCUUCUGGAAUGUAUAGGUGUUCGCAUAGUCAUUGUGGAGCUGUUAGGAUUUGGGGUUUUUUCUUUCAUUUGACUAUUCUCUGAGAAUAAAGCCCUCCGUGGUGUGGGGUGUGGGGUACGCGGUGUAACAUAGUCGGGCCUGAUUGCUUUGGACUCUAACUCAUAGGUGCGUUCUUUCUUUCUUCAGUGUCUCACAAAUUAUCCAACUGUUGAAUAAAAUUAUAAAUAUGUU